AUGGCUGGAGAGGCGGUGGACGCCGUUCAAGAGCUGAAACUGGCCGCCGUGCUGGACGCUCGAGACGAGCAGCGCCGGUGGGAGGAGGAAGAGGAGGAAGAGGAGGAGGAAAUGGGGGAACUGGAAGAGAGCGAGGAGGAAGAGAAGGUCGGUUUGACCAGCGCUGAUACCUCACCCGAGGCAGGGAGCGCGGGCGCGGGCGCGGGCGCGGGGAAGCGGUGGGUGUGCGGGCCGCGCGUGGAGGCGGUGAUGCGCAGCAAGGUGGCGCGGCUGGUGAAGCCGGACAUGCUGCUGGCCCUGCAGGAGCUGCAGCGCCAACAGCAAUGGCGCCUGGCCGCGCGGGUGAGAAAGAGAGUGAGAGAGGUGACGCACACGAUUGCAGCACGAUUCCCACAGCAGCACGAUUCCCACAGCAGCACUCUCAUGUUUAGUCCAAUGUCAUUCCCCUCACUAUGUUCUCUCCCUCCCCUCACUAUGUUCUCUCCCUCCCCUCACUAUGUUCUCUCCCUCCCCUCACUAUGUUCUCUCCCUCCCCUCACUAUGUUCUCUCCCUCCCCUCACUAUGUUCUCUCCCUCCCCUCACUAUGUUCUCUCCCUCCCCUCACUAUGUUCUCUCCCUCCCCUCACUAUGUUCUCUCCCUCCCCUCACUAUGUUCUCUCCCUCCCCCCCACAGUGCCUUCUUUUCUGUCUUCCACCUCCCCCACUUUCCCACCCCUCCCUGUGUCCGAGGGUCGGUGUUUGAGCACGUGCGCACGGAGCACUGGUACAAGCCCGACGCGGACCUCUGUGCGCGCAUGAUCAACUGCCUGGGGCUGGCCGGCCGCAUCACCGACGCACAGGCGCUCUUCCGGGCCACACAGGACGAGGACGGCAUGCCCCCCUGCUCGCCCACCUACACUGCCCUGCUCGCCGCUCACUGCCGCUCCGGGGACCACAGGAGCGGCCGGGAGGUGCUGCGAAGGAUGAGGGAGGCACGGGCGGGGCCGUAUGAUGCGGCGUACAUGAUUCUGAUCAAGACGUGUGAGGCGCAGGGGGAUGCGGGGGCAGCAGCGGAGUUGAAGCAGGAGCGGGAUGUGGUACUGGCAGAGUGGGGGCAGUUGGGGCUGCCUAAACCCCCACGGCGGUCAAAGAAGAUGUAG